CCACAGGGCCUGGGACACCCACUCCCACGUCCACAACCACAGGGACCACGACACCCACUCCCACAACCACCACCACAGGGACUGUGACACCCACUCCGACGUACACCACCACAGGGACCAUGACAACCACUCCCACAUCCACAACCACAGGGACCACGACACCCACUCCCACAACCACCAUCACAGGGACCACAACACCCACUCCCACGUCCACAACCACAGGGACCAUGACACCCACUCCCACAACCACCACCACAGGGCCUGGGACACCCACUCCCACGUCCACAACCACAGGGACCAUGACACCCACUCCCACAACCACCACCACAGGGACCGUGACACCCACUCCCACAUCAACAACCACAGGGACCACGACACCCACUCCCACAACCACCACUACAGGGACGACGACACCCAUUCCCACGACCACCACCACAGUGACCACUACACCCAGUCCCACAUCCACAACCACAGGGACAACAACACCCACUCCCACAACCACCACCACAGGGACCACUACACCCACUCCCACGUCCACAACCACAGGGACCACAUCACCCACUCCCACAACCACCAUCACAGGGACCACUACACCCACUCCCACAUCCACAACCACAGGGACCAUGACACCCACUCCCACAACCACCACCACAGGGACUGUGACACCCACUCCCACAUCAACAACCACAGGGACCAUGACACCCACUCCCACAACCACCACCACAGGGACCGUGACACCCACUCCGACGUCCACCACCACAGGGACCGUGACAACCACUCCCACAUCCACAACCACAGGGACCACGACACCCACUCCCACAACCACCAUCACAGGGACCACGACACCCACUCCCACGUCCACAACCACAGGGACCACGACACCCACUCCCACAACCACCAUCACAGGGACCACGACACCCACACCCUCAACCACCACAGGGACCACGACAACCACUCCCACAACCACCACCACAGGGACCGUGACACCCACUCCCACAUCAACAACCACAGGGACCACGACAUCCACUCCCACAACCACCAUCACAGGGACCACGACAACCACUCCCACGUCCACAACCACAGGGACCACAACACCCACUCCCACAACCACCACCACAGGGCCUGGGACACCCACUCCCACGUCCACAACCACAGGGACCACGACACCCACUCCCACAACCACCACCACAGGGACUGUGACACCCACUCCGACGUACACCACCACAGGGACCAUGACAACCACUCCCACAUCCACAACCACAGGGACCACGACACCCACUCCCACAACCACCAUCACAGGGACCACAACACCCACUCCCACGUCCACAACCACAGGGACCAUGACACCCACUCCCACAACCACCACCACAGGGCCUGGGACACCCACUCCCACGUCCACAACCACAGGGACCAUGACACCCACUCCCACAACCACCACCACAGGGACCGUGACACCCACUCCCACAUCAACAACCACAGGGACCACGACACCCACUCCCACAACCACCACUACAGGGACGACGACACCCAUUCCCACGACCACCACCACAGUGACCACUACACCCAGUCCCACAUCCACAACCACAGGGACAACAACACCCACUCCCACAACCACCACCACAGGGACCACUACACCCACUCCCACGUCCACAACCACAGGGACCACAUCACCCACUCCCACAACCACCAUCACAGGGACCACUACACCCACUCCCACAUCCACAACCACAGGGACCAUGACACCCACUCCCACAACCACCACCACAGGGACUGUGACACCCACUCCCACAUCAACAACCACAGGGACCAUGACACCCACUCCCACAACCACCAUCACAGGGACGACGACACCCACACCCUCAACCACCACAGGGACCACGACACCCAUUCCCACGACCACCACCACAGUGACCACUACACCCACUCCCACAUCCACCGCUACAGGGACUACGACACCCACUCCCACGGCCACCACCACACUGACCACUAUCCCGACUCCCACAUCCACAACCACAGGGACCACAACACCCACUCCCACAACCACCACCACAGGGCCUGGGACACCCACUCCCACGUCCACAACCACAGGGACCACGACACCCACUCCCACAACCACCACCACAGGGACCACGACACCCACUCCCACAACCACCAUCACAGUGACCACGACACCCACACCCUCAACCACCACAGGGACCACGACACCCAUUCCCACGACCACCACCACAGUGACCAGUACACCCACUCCCACGUCCACUGUUACAGGGACCAUGACACCCACUCCCACAUCCACCACUACACGGACCAUGACACCCACUCCCACAACCACCACCACAGGGACUGUGACACCCACUCCCACAUCAACAACCACAGGGACCAUGACACCCACUCCCACAACCACCAUCACAGGGACGACGACACCCACACCCUCAACCACCACAGGGACCACGACACCCAUUCCCACGACCACCACCACAGUGACCACUACACCCACUCCCACAUCCACCGCUACAGGGACUACGACACCCACUCCCACGGCCACCACCACACUGACCACUAUCCCGACUCCCACAUCCACAACCACAGGGACCACAACACCCACUCCCACAACCACCACCACAGGGCCUGGGACACCCACUCCCACGUCCACAACCACAGGGACCACGACACCCACUCCCACAACCACCACCACAGGGACCACGACACCCACUCCCACAACCACCAUCACAGUGACCACGACACCCACACCCUCAACCACCACAGGGACCACGACACCCAUUCCCACGACCACCACCACAGUGACCAGUACACCCACUCCCACGUCCACUGUUACAGGGACCAUGACACCCACUCCCACAUCCACCACUACACGGACCAUGACACCCACUCCCACAACCACCACCACAGGGACCACUACACCCACUCCCACGUCCACAACCACAGGGACCACUACACCCACUCCCACCACCACCACCACAGGGACUGUGACACCCACUCCGAUGUCCACAACCACAGGGACCACGACACCCACUCCCACAACCACCAUCACAGGGACCACUACACCCACUCCCACGUCCACAACCACAGGGACCACGACACCCACUCCCACAACCACCAUCACAGGGACCACGACACCCACUCCCACAACCACCAUCACAGGGACCACGACACCCACACCCUCAACCACCACAGGGACCGCAACACCCAUUUCCACGACCACCACCACAGUGACCACUACACCCACUCCCACGUCCACCGCUACAGGGACCACGACACCCACUCCCACAUCCACCACUACAGGGACCACGACACCCAUUCCCACGACCACAACCACAGGGACCACGACACCCACUCCCACAACCACCAUCACAGGGACCACUACACCCACUCCCACGUCCACAACCACAGGGACCACGACACCCACUCCCACAACCACCACCACAGGGACUGUGACACCCACUCCCACAUCAACAACCACAGGGACCACGACACCCAUUCCCACAACCACCAUCACAGGGACCAUGACACCCACACCCUCAACCACCACAGGGACCACGACACCCAUUUCCACGACCACCACCACAGUGACCACUACACCCACUCCCAUGUCCACCACCACAGGGACCAUGACACCCACUCACUCAUCCACCACAACAGGGACCACGACACCCACACCCCUGUCCACCACCACAGGGACCACGACACACUCUCCCACAACCACGACCACAGUGACCACAACACCCACUCCCUUGUCCACCACUACAGGGACCAUGCCACCCACACCCUCGACGACCACCACAGGGACGACGACACCUACUCCCUCGUCCACCACCACAGGGACCACGACACCAACACUGACGACCACCACAGGGACGAUGACACCCACUCCCUCAUCCACCACCCCAGGGACCACGACACCCACUUCCACAACCACCACGGUAACCACCACACCCACUCCCUUGUCUACCACCACAGGGACCAUGACACCCACUCCGUCAUCCACCACAACAGGGACUAUGACACCCACUCCCACAUCCACCACCACAGGGACCACGACACCCACUCCAGCAUCCACCACUCCACAGACCACGACACCCACUCCAGCAUCCACCACUCCACAGACCACGACACCCACUCCCACAUCCUCCACCAUGGGGACCACAACCCCUCUCACCCACCCCACCACAACCAUCAGCACAGUGACACGUGUUCCACCUACCACCACCUCUACUACAGGGACCCCUACACUGACAGGGAGUCCUUCAACUCCAACGCCUGUACCACCCACUCCACAGACCACCAGCACCUCCAGCUCCAGCCUGCCUACCCCAACGGUCAGCCCUAUCAUCUCCCCCAGCAUCAGCAUGAGCACUGGCCCAGUAGCCUCCACCCAGGUGCGGUGCUGCUAUUUGAAUGGCACAUACUAUGCUCCAGGUGAGCUGGUGUACAACGGCACGCAUGGAGACAUGUGCUACUAUGUGAACUGCUCUCUGAACUGCAACUUGCAGUUCUUUAACUGGUCCUGCCCACCCACACCCUCUCCGCCAUCCACACCCUCGAAGCCCAGCCAAUCCAUGCCCACAGCAAGCACCAAGCCUGCUGGGUGUCCGGACUUCGAUCCUCCCAGGCAGGAGAACGAGACGUGGUGGCUGUGUAACUGCACCAUGGCCACGUGCAAGCAUGACAAUGUGGUGGAGCUUGAGGAGGUGAAAUGUGAGCCCCCUCCCAAGCCCACGUGCUCCAACAGCCUCCAGCCUGUGCAAGUGUGGGACCCCAACGGCUGCUGCUGGCACUGGGAGUGUGACUGCUACUGCACAGGCUGGGGGGACCCGCACUACGUCACCUUCGACGGGCUCUACUACAGCUACCAGGGCAACUGCACGUACGUGCUGGUGGAGGAGAUCACCCCCACAGUGGACAACUUCGGGGUCUACAUAGACAACUACCACUGUGACCCCCGUGACCAGGUGUCCUGCCCCCGCACGCUCAUCGUGCGCCACGAGACCCAGGAGGUGCUGAUCAAGACCGUGAGGCUGAUGCCCAUGCAAGUGCAGGUGCAGAUCAACAAGCAGGUGGUGGCGCUACCCUAUAAGAAGUAUGGACUGCAGGUGGAGCGAUCAGGCAUCAACUACGUGGUGGACAUUCCUGAGCUGGGCGCCCUCAUCUCCUACAACGGCCUCUCCUUCUCCAUCAGGCUGCCCUACCGCCUGUUUGGAAACAACACCAAGGGCCAGUGUGGAACAUGUACGAACACUACCACGGAUGACUGCGUGCUGCCCAGUGGGGAGCUUACCUCCAGCUGUGAGGUCGCAGCUGACCAGUGGGUGGUGAACGACCCCUCCAAACCUCACUGUCCCCACGCCAGCUUCACCACGGAACACCCGGCCACCACGCUGCCAAGGGGUACCAGUGCCACCACGCACAAGGACUGUGCAUCUCCUCUCUGCGAGCUCAUCAAAGACAGCCUGUUUGCCCAGUGCCAUGCCCUGGCACCUCCUCAGCACUACUACGAGGCCUGCGUGUUCGACAGCUGCCUCGUGCCCGGCUCGGACCUGGAGUGUGCCAGUCUGCAGAGCUACGCAGCCCUCUGUGCACACGAGGGCAUCUGUGUCGACUGGCGGAACCACACCCAUGGGACCUGCGCGAUAACGUGCCCAUCUCACAAGGAGUACCGGGCCUGUGGUCCUGUAAAGGAGCCCACGUGCAUGUCCAGCCCCUCUCAGGAGAACAGCACACGCCUGGUGGAAGGCUGCUUCUGCCCUGAGGGCACCAUGAGCUACGCCCCUGGCUUCGACGUCUGCGUGGAGUUGUGUGGCUGUGUGGGACCCGACAACGUGCCCAGAAAGUUUGGGGAGCACUUUGAGUUUGACUGCAAGGACUGUGUGUGCCUGGAGGGCGGCAGUGGCAUUGUCUGCCAGCCCAGGAAGUGCGGCCACAACACCGUCACCAAGUGCACGGAGGACGGCACCUACCUGGUCACGGAGGUGGACCCCACAGACACCUGCUGCAAUGUCACCUCCUGCAAGUGCAACGCCAGCCUGUGCAAGGAGACACCCCCCGUGUGCCAGCUGGGAUUCGAAGUGCAGAGCAAGAUGAUUCCAGGGAGGUGCUGCCCCUUCUACUCCUGUGUGCCCAAGGGCGUGUGUGUCCUCGGGAACGCUGAGUACUGGCCCGGCUCUCCAGUCUAUUCCUCCAGGUGCCAGAACUGCACCUGCACCCACAGCAGGAACACCACCACCCAGCUCAACGCCAUCUCCUGCACUCACGUGCCCUGCAACAGCGUCUGCAGCCCCGGCUUCGAGCUGGUGGAGGCCCCGGGGGAGUGCUGCAGGAAAUGCGAGCAGACCAGCUGCGUCAUCAACCGGCCGGGUGGCCAGCACAUCAUCCUGAAGCCUGGGGACAUGCAGAGCGACCCCAAGAAUAACUGUACCUUCUUCAGCUGCGUGAAAAUCCACAACCAGCUCAUCUCGUCUGUCUCCAACAUCACCUGCCCCGACUUUGACCCCAGCAUCUGCCUUCCGGGCUCAGAGACACUCAUGCCCAACGGUUGCUGCAGGAAAUGCAUCCCUCGCAAUGAGACCGUGCGGCCCUGCUCCGCCAUCCCCGUCACCAAGAGAAUUUCACACGCUGGCUGCAGCAAGAAGGUCAUCAUGAAUUACUGCUCGGGGUCCUGCGGGACCUUCGCCAUGUACUCGGCCGAGGCCCAGGGCCUGGACCACAGGUGCUCCUGCUGCAAGGAGGAGCGGACCAGCCAGCGGGAGGUGGCGCUGGACUGCCCCGGGGGCGGCACCCUGAGCCACAGCUACACCCACAUCGAGAGCUGCCUGUGCAGGGACACCACGUGCGAGCUCCUGCCGCAGCAGCGCGGAACCGCCCGCCGCACCCGGCGCUCCGACGCGGGGCUGUCGCGUCCAGGGAGGGGCUGAGCCGCCCUCGCUGCCCCGGCGCGGCGCCUCGUCCGUGCUCUGCGCGCUCCCCCCUGCUGACCCUCUGGGCUUCCCCACCCGCUGAACUGGCUUCCUCUCUGCGGAUAUUUAUUUUCCGAGCCUUUGUUCAAUUCUUUGCUUUUAAAAAUAAACUUGGGCAGAGA